UUAAGUUAACCAACCUCGCCCUUCAAAUUUUUAGUUUUGAAAAUACUCGCUACAUUUUCCUUGCUUUUGCACCCGCCUUCUCCCUCAAAAGUCAAAACUCACUCUAUCUUCUUGCAAUUAUCGACAUGAAUUUACUGGAGAAGUUAAAGAUGCCCAAGAAAGAAGCGGCGGGUACUAAUCUUUCGCCGCCGGAAACUUCUGUAUUUUGGAUUGAGACAUCCAACUCUGUGGCUCGCUGCUUCCAGUUCGAGCCCGAUGGUCAACUAUCUGUAAAGAUAGUUGAUGACUCGAGACCUGUUGCACAGAGAAUUGUUGAAUCUUUUGUAAACAAAUUUUUCCCGUCAGGGUACCCAUAUAGUGUGAAUGAGGGCUAUCUUAGAUACACACAGUUUCGAGCAUUGCAACACUUCUCUAGUGCAGCAUUAUCUGUACUGUCAACUCAGUCCUUACUAUUUGCUGCAGGCUUAAGACCUACCCCUGCACAAGCAACUGCGGUGAGCUGGAUACUAAAAGAUGGGAUGCAGCAUGUGGGAAAGAUUAUAUGUAGCAACUUAGGUGCAAGAAUGGACUCUGAGCCUAAAAGUUGGCGAAUUUUAGCUGAUGUUCUUUAUGACCUCGGCACUGGUUUAGAAGUUUUAUCUCCUUUGUGUCCUCACCUGUUUCUUGAGAUGGCUGGCCUUGGCAAUUUUGCAAAGGGAAUGGCAGUUGUUGCAGCAAGAGCAACAAGGUUACCAAUAUAUUCAUCAUUUGCCAAAGAAGGCAACCUUAGUGACCUUUUUGCAAAAGGUGAAGCCAUAUCCACACUUUUUAAUGUUCUUGGAAUUGGGGCUGGAAUUCAGUUAGCGUCUACUAUUUGUUCAUCAAUGCAAGGAAAGAUGGUUGUUGGACCUUUACUUGCUGCUGUACAUAUCUACAGUGUUACAGAAGAAAUGAAAGCUACUCCCGUCAACACGUUAAACCCACAGCGUACUGCAUUGAUUGUGAAAACAUUUGUGAAGACAGGAAAAAUAUCUAGCCCAGCUGACUUGAGAUAUCAAGAAGAUCUCUUAUUUCCUGGACGAAUAAUAGAGGAGGCUGGAAACGUUAAGGUGGGAAGAGCUCUGAGUAGUGUUGUUCGACCAUCACACCUACACCGCUUUAAAGAAGUUUUCCCCGAAGAAAAAUUUGUCUUAUGCCCCGGACCUAGAUGUACUGACAUGAUACUAGAGCACAAUGCUAGUGGUGAAGAUGCACUGAGGGGAUGGCUGGUUGCUGCAUAUGCUUCAGCUAUGGAGAAAUCUUUUCAUGGGUCGAGGGAAAAUGUCCUGCAAGAGGCUUACGAGAAGAUGAAUGAUGUAUUCUGUCCGUUUCUAUCUGAGCUGCAGGCCAAAGGGUGGCAUACUGACCAGUUUCUUGAUGGUAGAGGAAGUCGAUUUGCCUUUUAGUGUCAUACAAUUUCUGGUAAGAGAUUAUUGCUUGUUGGGAAUAUGAAAACUCUUCUACACACCUUUACAAUCUGAAUUUCAUUUCUCUGUCGGGUGUUAACUGUUUUUAAUUCUUUUUUCCAUUCUUAUGGUAGUUGAGUAAUUGAUAUUACUAUUUUUCCCUUA